UCUUUUGGGCCGAUCAAAGGGAAGAGAGAGACAGCAAGAGAGGCAGAGGGAGGGGGAGAGGACAGCUCCACCCAGCGCUAUUGCUCUCAUCUGAUGUCGUUCCGUCGCACUGCCAUCGGCUGCUUGCUUGGUCAUGUCGUGGUAUGUCAUGGUGUUCCUCCACCACAUCCCUGUCGCUCGCCCGCCCGCUCGUUGCUCUUUCUACCGAGCGAGCCGACGGUGCAUGGCCAUGGCCAUGACGAUGCCGCUGUUGAUCGUGUCGUCCGCUCGUUGAACCGUUCUCAGUCAUCAACACCAUCAGCUUCGUCGACUGCCAGACCCAGACUCCGCGCUAAUCGCUGCUCAAAGUCGUCCUUGUCCACAUCCCCGCCCUUGUCCACCGCGUACACAGCUCUCACCAGCCCCGCCGCGCCCUCUUUGCCUAUCAUCACCUGCGCACGCGGUCCAGGGGCGUAUUCGAUGAGGUCGCUGUUAGGGUCCUUGAUCUUAGUGAGGUACCCUUCCCUGAUCAUGGUCACCAGCGCCCUGUCCGUGUAAUCGUAAGGCAUUCUGUCACCUACACCCAUCCGUAGAAUAAACCGCUCCAUCUUGAGAUCGUCCAUUUUGCCGCCGCAGAGGUACAUUAGCGAGACGAUGAUGGUGUAGAAGGCAAUUUUGAUGCCUCUCAAGUCCAUUUCUUCCCCUGGAGGCGGUCUUCCAGCCCCUACGAGGCCGGGCGCGCGGAAACCGCAGGGGAGUGUGUUUCGCACCAACCACAUAUUAGUGUGGGAGGGAACGUUUUUCGCUACAGUGGCCGCCCCU